UAUAGUUAAAUAUUGGAGGCGUGGCACAAUUUUAAUGUUCGCUACUCAACACCCGUCGACAAUUACAGAACAAGCAAGAAAAAGGUCUCCAAGUUGGCUAAGACAAUGGCUUAAAUGCUGGUCACGAUCAUUUUGCAUAUAAGCACACACACACACACACACAGAGAGAUUGUUGGCAAUUAAAGUUGUUCUUUUUUUUUUGUUUUUUGUGUGGGUCUAACUAUCGAAAUAUCUAUAUCUGAAAUAACUUUUGAACUUUGAGGAAGUAAAGAGCAUUCUUUAGAAUGCUUCUGUGGCGUUUAAUAGCCAUUUCGAUGCUUUUGGCUGCAUGGGGUCCAGUUAAAAGCGAAUCGGCUCAAAUUCUUGGCCUUUUCCAACAUCCCGGCAAGAGUCACUUUGCCUUCUUUCGUCCCAUAUUCGAGGAGUUGGCCAAACGCGGCCAUAAUGUCAGCAUGUAUAGCUACUUUCCGCUGAAAAAACCCUUGGCCAACUACACAGACUUUGUGUUUGAGGGCAUGGGUUUGCUUACCGAUGUGAUUGACCUAAAGGGUUUUGACUCGGAAUGGAAACCUCUUGGUUUGCCUUUCAAGAUACCCACCUACUUUAGGCUCCACGAUUGGGGCAUUAAUGCAUGCCGUGUGGCCAUGAACUCGCCGCUGAUUGACCAACUUUUGAAAUCGCCCCAACGCUACGAUCUGAUCAUCUUGGAGAACUUCGCCAACGAUUGCAUGUACGCGGUGGCUCAUCUUCUUGGAGCUCCUGUAAUUGCCCUGAGCAGUUGUGCCAUUAUGCCGUGGCAUUAUCGACGCAUGGGCACGCCGUUUAUUAACUCCGUGAUGCCAAUGAACUUUCUGCCCCACACGGAUGAGAUGACGUUUAUCGAUCGCUUGAAUAACUUCAUACACUUCCAUACAGUCAAUUUCCUAUACAAUUUUGUAACCCAACCGGCCACAGAUAAGUUGAUACGUGAACGAUUCGGUGUCGGUUUACCACCAAUUGACGACAUUGUAAAGAACACCAGCCUCAUGCUGAUCAACCAACAUCACACACUCACUGGCUCAUAUCCCUAUGCUCCAUCUGUGGUGGAAGUGGGUGGCCUACAAAUCGCCCAGGCGGAAGAGCUACCUGCGCAUUUUAAAAGCCUUUUCAAACGAUCGCAUACUGGCAUUGUGGUGAUAAGCUGGGGUUCCAUGAUAAAUCCAACCACUUUACCAGCAGCCAAGAGACGAGCCCUCUUCGACAGUAUUUCCAGCUUGGACGAGUAUAGCUUCGUGAUGAGGUGGGCCAACGGAGCGCCACCUGAGGACAAGCCGCAGAAUCUUCAUACUUUCGACUGGCUGCCACAACGGGAUUUGUUGUGCCACCCGCAGGUUAAGGCCUUCAUCUCGCAUGGUGGCCUAAUGGGCACCACCGAGGCGGUGCAUUGUGGAGUGCCCAUAUUGGCGACACCUUUCUAUGGCGAUCAGUUUCUGAAUGCAGCCACCAUAGCCAAGCGAGGCUUUGGGGUGAUUGUAGACUAUCGAGAAUUCGAUACGGAUCACAUUACAAAGGCACUGCAUGUCAUUCUAGACAAGAACUUUGCCGACAAUGUGAAACGUCUUUCGCAGUCUUUUCGUCAGCGUCCUCAGGCUCCAAUGGACUUGGCCAUUUGGUGGAUUGAAGAGGUGAUUGCAAGUAAAGGAUCGCCCCAAUUGCUCUCUCAGGCCAGAUAUAACAAUUGGUUUGUCCAGAACUCAAUCGAUGUCUACUUGUGUUUGCUUGGCAUAGUCUGGCUAUUGGGUCGCUGUAUACGUCUUGUCUCUAGGCUUAUCAGACGGGUCUUGGCCCUAGGGAGACGGAAACCCGAUGUGGAGAAUAAAAUGAAACAGCAUCUCCCACUAACAUUUUACAGCGCUUACUUUGUCAGUCGUUCAUCUAACGUCAAACAAGUGACGAUGUUGGUGCUUCAGUUUGGGCUAGUCCUCCUCUUGGGAAUGGCCAUUCCAGCGGAGAUCGACGCUGGAUCUCCGCUUAAAGUGCUGGGUCUUUUUCCUCAUCCCGGCGUUAGUCAUUUUCAAUUCUUCUAUCCCAUCAUGCGGGGAUUGGCGGAGGCUGGUCAUGAGGUUGAUGUUGUCUCACAUUUUCCGGAAAAGAAACCAAUUGAACACUACAAAGACUUCCCCUUGUCGGGCGCUGAGAAGUUAACAAACAGUGUCGAUGUAAAGUCCUUUGAGAAACGUCACACCUUCUACAAUCAAUUUUUGGAUUUCUUUCUCUUGCACGAUUGGGGCACGGAGACUUGCAAUUUCACCAUAAAUUCGAAAGCCUUGCAGCAGAUUCUGAAUACCCGGAAAAAGGGCUACUACGAUGUGAUAAUCAUAGAACAGUUCAGUACGGAUUGCAUGAUGGGUGUGGCCCACCAAUUGGAGGCACCCGUCAUAGCUCUGAGCAGCUGUGCGGCCCUUCCAUGGCACUACGAGCGGAUGGGAGCUCCGAUUAUACCCUCCUAUAUACCUGCCAUGUUAAUGGGUCAAUCGCAGGAUAUGGAUUUGGGUGGUCGUUUGGCCAAUUGGAUUAGUUUUCAUGUCCUAAAUUGGAUGUACAAAUUAAUCUCCAUACCCGCCGCUGAUUCCAUGGUGGCACAAAAGUUUGGAAGCGUGGUGCCUUCGGUGGGUGAGUUGGUUAAGAAUACGUCGAUGUUCUUUGUGAACCAACACUAUUCGCUGAGUGGACCGAAACCUCUGCCCCCAAAUGUCAUUGAACUGGGCGGAAUACACAUUCAGAAAGCGAAACCCUUGCCCGCUGAUCUCCAACGAUUGUUGGACAGUGCCGAGCAUGGGGUAAUUCUCAUUAGUUGGGGUUCCAUGAUAAGGGCCAACUCCCUGUCCGAGGACAAGCGAGAUGGCAUUGUGAGGGCUGCAGCUAGGCUGAAGCAGUUGGUUAUCUGGAAGUGGGAGAACGAAACGUUGCCCAAUCAACCGCAUAAUAUGCACAUCAUGAAGUGGUUGCCCCAGCGCGACUUGCUCUGCCAUCCAAAUAUCAGGGUAUUCAUGUCGCACGGAGGACUGAUGGGAAUCUCGGAGGCGGCUUAUUGUGGUGUUCCAGUGGUGGCCACGCCCAUGUAUGGCGAUCAGUUCCUCAAUGCAGCUGCCUUGGUGCAACGUGGGAUGGGCACCAGACUUUACUACAAGGAUAUAAGCGAGAACACUGUGACACAGGCGCUGAAAAAGACUCUGAACAAAAGCUAUGCGGAUGCUGCCAAAGCCGUUUCCCAGUCCUUCAAAAACCGUCCUCAACAGGCACUGGAAACUGCCAUUUGGUGGGUUGAGCAUGUGGCCAGUACGGGUGGCGCUCCUUUGAUGAAACCCAGUGCUGUCGAGAUGUCCAGAUUUGUCUAUUACUCACUUGAUUGUUAUGCGAUCGUUGGACUUGUGUUGACCAUCAUCAUUGCCCUUUUUGUAUCUCUAGUGCGUUGCAUCUGCCCCUCUAGCUCAUCCAAAAAAUCUAAAUGGGAUUGAAGCACUAAAGAUUUCUAUGUGAUUUUUUUCUAAGGACACUGUAUACGCCGAGUUUAAGUUUAUUUCUAUGUAUAAUAAAAUGUUCAAACAAACUACAAACUAA